AUGAAUUCAAAUGACAAACAUGAUCGGCAAGAUGACACCAGUAGAUUUUCUCCACCCAACAAUAAGCACUGGAAGGUCUUUUUCCUGCUUGUUGCCGUCUGCACCUUUCAAUGGCUUCAAAACACCUACACAGGCCUCCCAUAUUCAUAUGCAUCCUUCGUUCCAACAAGAUCAAGCAAAAGUAUCGAAAUUGAUAGCGACAAUGAUUCAGGAAAUAUUCAGCAUCAUCGUCAUGAUUCGCAGAAACAAGAAGCAGUAGUGGACGAAACAACGAAAACAAUGGCGUCAGAUGAGGAUGCCACCACCAUUCUAUUCAUUCACUAUCACAAAACGGGAAACAAUUUUGUCGUUGACCUAUUGAAACAAAUUCAUCGAACCCAUGGUCGGUACCACAAUCUGACCAUGAAGGAACCGUCCGUCUUGAAACGAAUGAAAAAUAAUAACAAUAAUAAUAACCAAAAUACCAAGGGGCAUUUGCAACGUGGUCAAGAAAAACGUGCAAGUGCCAUGAUUGGGAAGAACCACGACGACAUGGACGAUGAUGAAUUUGAGGACGAAGGUAGCCAUAGCGGGCAGAACGAAACCAACGUGGGAAUUCUUAGGAAACGAUCUCAUGAUCCAAUGACUGGUUGUCCCGUUUUUGGCGACGAUACGGACUUUGAGAUUGGAGCAGCCUAUCGCCUGGUGGCACCCAAUUUCUUUUGUAACUUGAGCAGCAUUACAACAACAAUGUUAAACAAUGCUGCUGAUAAUGAUGAUGAUGAUGAAAUGGAACACGCGACGGCGAAAUUUGGCACCAGACAAAACCUUCCUUUUCCACCGUGGAAAACUACCAAGAUUGUACAUUUCGUGCGAGACCCCAUCGAUAUGGCACUUUCUAACUAUCUUUAUCAUUCGCAACAUCCAACGCCAGAACCAUGGAUCAAGAGAAAGGGGAUCAAUCCAUGCAAGAUUGACGAAGAGUUUCUGAACUAUACCUUACAGGAGUUGAAUAGUGAUGGUAGUCGCAAGAUUACCGAAGAAGAUCUAUUGCGAGUCAGCACCAUGUGCCGAUACUACAAGCACGAGCAUGCCAUUGCUGCCAAUACGAGAAAGAAAAACAAUACGACCCGAUCCUUUUACGGAAUUAUGCGUCGGUUGCCACCCUAUGACGGACUACGCUUUGCGACUUCUCACUUUCUCAUGGCACAAGGCGUGGAGAGUGGUGGAGACUUGCUGCGGAUGCCAAACAAUAUCUUGAGGUUGCGUGAAUGGGAACAGCAACAACAACAACAACAAUCAUCGGAGCAGCUGCAGCACAUUCUGACCAUAUCCAUGGAGAACAUUGUGAAGGACAUGGGAAAAAGUGUUUUAGAGAUUUGUGACUUCAUUUUGGGGCACAUUUCCAAUGUCACUGCAAGAUCUGCAAUUGCCCAAGAAAUUGAGAAGACGAUGGUGGCGAGAUACCAGGCAAAGACCAAGGCUUCGAAAUUCAUUCAUGCGGGUAGACAAUCCACGAGUAAUGAGACGGCAGAAGCUGAGCUCAAAAAUAAUAAGAAUUGGACACUUCGCCAACAAAGUCAUGUGACGCAAGGAAUCAUGAAUGAAACCGAGCGUGAACUAUUGAAAGAGCAACUGGAAAGCGAUGCAAGCCUAGGGCAUAUCUUGUUGCAGUUACGUGAAGUUGUUGAUUCCUCAUCAUAA